GCGGUACCACCACCAGGAUGGUUACUUCGGUAAUUGCCGGGCAACCUUUUGCGAGGGAGAUUUUCAGGAGUAAACCGGCCCCGGGGAGACGACGAAGAUGUUAUGUUUGGUGCGUUCAAUUUUGUGGAUGUGUACACACGUGUAGGAAGAUUGAUGGGCGUACGCCGGCUGGCAUCUGCCAUUCAGAGGUGGAAGUAGUAAGGCAGCUAUGAGUCAACAGUAAGCGCGAAGAACGAUCACCACCAGCACAAGAAGAGAUCCUGAUCUCUCCGAGGAAGACAAAGUGAAGUUCUUAAUUGUGAAAUGCUAUGAAGAAGGGAUCUUCCCAGAGAGAUUGAGGCAAGGAAAGUUCAUCUACGAAAACAGCGCCAAGAUUUUUGUCGUAGACAAACAAGUGGGAGAGCUUACAACAAAGUGGCUGAAAGAAAGAACAAUGACGAUUAUCUUUCAAGGCGAAGCAAGAUCGUUACCAGUGAAAAAGAGAGAGGAUCUGAUACGUGCCUAUGAGAAUGGAUGGACCAGAACACGUACGUUUGCAAGAACGGUGAAAAGAGGUCGCGUUCAUCCGGAGGUGCCGAACGUGAUGUCCUACGUGGCCAUGCAUCCAGAAGUAGCACAGUGGAUGGUGAACAAAGGAGAGGAGAAGGUGGUCAUACGAGGCAUCCAGUACAAGAUGCUCUUCAAGCCUUGGAUGACCAAGCUGGAAUUGGAGGAGCGGAGAAGGUUGGAGGAAUCCUCGAAGUUUUGGGUAAUGGCGCUUCGAGUACCACUGCAAGCGAUGUUCCCGAUCGGGGACUUGGUAGAACAGAGUGGAAUCACACGGCGACGGACGGGUGCCCGAAGCUUCAACAAGAAGGCGCAGACCCGGAAGGAGGAACCGUGAUGGCAGAUAACUUCACCAACCAGAAUCGGCAGGAUUUAAAUUCGAAUAUGCUUGGAGGGAUCCGUGAUGCCGCCAGAGACCUGCCAAAAGAAAUACCCUGCAACGAGGUGGCAGAAUCUUCAAUCGGGCCAGGAACAAGAUUUCAACAGCAACAAGGACAAGGUCGUCCAGUACUCAAUCACGAACCGUGGAUCAGCGGAGGGAUGAACAAUAUCCCAAUGUCAGGCAUUGGCGGUGACAACCGCGCAGGGUCAGUCGUCCCUACUCCCUCAAUAUUAGCAGGAGCGAGGCAGCAGCCAGCAAUUCACAGAGGGCAGAACAGGAAUUACGCAGCACAAGGCGGACAGGGAUGUUCGGGAGGAGGCAAUCAGAGUGAGCAGGUAUGGCAGUCUUUGGUCUACGAAGCAGCUAAAAUCCUUGCAGCAGAGAUGGCAGGUAAGAGAGCCGCUGUACAAGGUGGUUGUUCGAGAGAGCUAAUGAUGGUGCCAGGAAAUGGCCAAGUUCUUGCAGAACAAGGUAUGGAACAUGGAGAACAGUGGGGAAGGAAAUUACGAGGAGACGGGAUUAGGAAGUCAGAUGGAAGGGAGUUGGUAAAAUAUGUGGGUCAGGGAGACGGAGAACAUGAAGCGGAAGGAAGCCAGGAGGAAGAGGAGGAAGAGGACGAAGAGGAAGAAGAGGACGAAGAUCGCCGAGAGACAUUCAUGACAGGGCUCACACUAUACCACGAGAUCAGGAAAUGGAAAACAACUUAAUUCUGCCGUUUGUGUGUACUCUACAAGGGCAGGAAAUCUUCGUGAUUGGAUUAAGAGCUUAGGACGGUACGUUUUAUAUGCCUACAAGUCAU